UAAUCUCCAUAAAAAUAAUGUACACAUGAGGAAUAUUAGAGAGCUUAAGUAAACUGCCAAAAGUCAUGUGGCUUUUGAGUGGAUUUUUGAACUCACUUUGAUAUUAAACCCUGUGUUCUAAAAUCAUGUUUCUAAAUUCCUUCUGAAAGGAAGGAGCAGAUACAGGUAAGAAGAAUGGGAUCUUGGCCUAUAGAAUGUUGGAUGACCUCUUGAGUCGGGGUCAGGUAUGGAGGUGUAUUCUUAGAGGAGGAGAGAAGGUCUGCAUAUCUUCAAAGCCCCUGUUUUUCCCAUUAAUAUACUGACCGGCAUUGCUGACAUACGUGGACUAAGAAUGGACCCUAUGACUCUCAAGGCAGAAGUCACCCCCGUGGAUGGCUUUGGCCCACACGUGGCUUUUUUAUUCAGGUCAAGAGAGACCCCAAGAUUACGUGAAGACAUCUCUCACUGAUAAGAGCCAUUGGCCUCAGACGAUACAGCAGACUCUCCAGAGGACACUGCAGUAUUAUGAGCACCAAGUUAUUGGUUACAGGGAUGCAGAAAGGAAUUUCCACAACAUCUCUAACAGAUGCUCCUAUGCAGACCAUUCCAACAAAGAGGGUAUUGAAGACGUCUCAGGAAUCCUUCAAUGCACUGCUAAUAUACUCGGUUUGAAGUUUGAGGAACUUCAAGAAAGAUUUGGUGAGGAGUUCUUUAAUAUAUGCUUUGAUGAGAAUGAGAGAGUCCUUCGAGCUGUAGGUGGCACUUUGCAGGACUUUUUUAAUGGCUUUGAUGCUUUGUUGGAACACAUCAGAACUUCCUUUGGGAAACAGGCCACGCUGGAGUCCCCAUCGUUCCUGUGCAAGGAGCUCCCCGAGGGUGCCCUUCUGCUUCACUACUUCCGUCCUCACCACGUUGUGGGCUUUGCAAUGCUGGGCAUGAUCAAGGCUGCAGGAAAGAAGAUCUACCGGCUGGACGUGAGCGUGGAGCAGGUGGCCAAUGAGAAACUGUGCUCCGAUGGUUCGAACCCAGGCAACUGUAGCUGUCUUACCUUCCUCAUCAAAGAAUGUGACAAUACUGAUGCCAUGAAGAACCUUCCCCGGGGAGCCUCCCGAGUCCCUGCGGACCUCAGAAUCAGCAUCAGCACCUUCUGCAGGGCCUUCCCUUUCCACUUGAUGUUCGACGCCCACAUGUCCGUCCUGCAGCUGGGGGAAGGCCUGCGGAAGCAGCUGCGUUGCGACACCCACAAAGUGCUCAGGUUUGAGGACUGCUUCGAGAUCGUUUCUCCAAAGGUCAGUGCUGCCUUUGAGAGGGUCCUGUUGCGACUGUCCACCCCGUUUGUGAUCAGGACCAAGCCUGAGGCUUCUGGCACUGAAAAUAAAGACAAGGUGAUGGAAGUCAAGGGACAGAUGAUCCAUGUUCCAGAGUCAAAUUCCAUCUUAUUCUUGGGCUCUCCAUGUGUGGACAAGUUGGAUGAACUCAUGGGCCGAGGGCUGCAUCUCUCAGACAUCCCUAUCCAUGAUGCCACCCGAGAUGUCAUUCUGGUUGGCGAGCAGGCCAAGGCCCAAGAUGGCUUGAAGAAGAGGAUGGAUAAACUAAAGGCGACCUUGGAAAGAACUCACCAGGCCCUGGAAGAAGAGAAAAAGAAAACAGUGGAUCUUCUGUAUUCGAUUUUCCCUGGUGAUGUAGCUCAGCAGCUGUGGCAAGGACAGCAGGUGCAGGCCAGAAAGUUUGAUGAUGUCACCAUGCUCUUUUCAGACAUUGUUGGCUUCACAGCCAUCUGUGCCCAGUGUACCCCCAUGCAGGUGAUCAGCAUGCUGAAUGAACUGUAUACCAGAUUUGACCACCAGUGUGGAUUUUUGGAUAUUUACAAGGUGGAAACAAUAGGUGAUGCAUACUGUGUUGCUGCAGGACUCCAUAGGAAAAGCCUCUGCCACGCUAAGCCCAUUGCUCUCAUGGCCCUGAAGAUGAUGGAACUUUCAGAAGAGGUGCUGACACCUGAUGGAAGACCAAUUCAGAUGAGGAUAGGCAUUCACUCAGGUUCUGUGCUCGCGCGAGUUGUUGUGGGUAAAGAAUGCCACGGUACUGCCUGUUUUGGAAAUAAUGUCACUCUGGCAAGCAAAUUCGAGUCAGGAAGUCACCCUCGGGCGCAUCAACGUCACCCUACCACUUACCAAUUAUUAAAACGGGAAGAAAGCUUCACAUUCAUUCCUCGGUCCCGUGAAGAGCUUCCAGAUAACUUUCCAAAGGAAAUCCCUGGGAUCUGCUAUUUCCUGGAGGUAAGGACUGGUCCUAAGCAGCCAAAGCCUUCUCUUUCUUCAUCAAGAAUCAAGAAAGUUUCCUACAACAUUGGCACCAUGUUCCUCCGGGAGACAAGCCUCUGAGACCUUCAGCAGAUCAAAGACUUCUCCACAAAGCACAAGCCCACAACAUGGGUCAUGAAGGGGGAGUGCAAAGAGAUUGUUUCUCUUCCACUGAUUUGCUGAGAACAAGCAGCAGAAUUUCUGUGUUAUGUUAGGCAAUAAUCCUAGAAAAAGGUGGGUGAUGACUGUCAGUAAAAAAGAAACCGAAGGGGGCGGGGCAGAAAUAAGAGGUGUCCAUCCAUAGGAGUGCUUUUAGUCAUAUAUAUAUUUUAAUCACAACUAACCAAUAAAUAGAUUCUGUGUUUUCUUGUUUGUCGCA